AUGCAGGGCUUUUAUCUUCCCCUCAGGCUCUCCACAUGGAGAAUUCAGGGAGUUCAGGGAGGGACUGUAGUCUUCAGUAGCUUCACUCUCUCAGUUAUGUCUCCCUUUUUCCAUUUUUCAUCGCCAUGUUCUCGUUUCCUGCGUUAUUGUUCUUGCUAACUUUGUCUGUAUGCAGUAAGGAUGGGUUGAGGGGGGUCGAGGGCGGCCACAGCUUCGUUCUUCCAGAGGACUCGCUCAACUAUCGCCCGCGGAAGGCGCGAGGGGUCUCCGCCAGGCCAGCAGUGCCGGACACAGCAUUCACCCUCAGGGUUCAGCUGAAGGAUGCAGUGAGCCACCAGCUUCUGAGUGAGGCGUCUGUGGACGUCUUUGCACACUACACACUUAUCAGCUCCACCAAGACCAGCAGUGAUGGAUCCAGUGUACUCAGCAUACCAUAUGCACAGGGCAGGGAGCUCACCCUGGUGGCCAGCAAGGAUGGCUACAUCCAAACAGCACUGCCUUGGAAAACCACCAAGAGGCCGAUAUUUUCAUCUGUGACUUUGUCACUUUUCUCCCAAAACCAAGGAAACAUAUGGCUAUUUGAAGAUUCUGUCCUCAUAACAGGCAAAACCUCUGAUGCCAUGCCCCAGCCAAAUGUGCAGUUCCCAAAGAGCCUGCUAUCUUUACCAGUGAGCAACAUCUCGUCCUUAUCAGCCUACCUGACUGGGCCUCAGAAACACUACUUCCCCUACACCACAGGAAUUAUCAUUAGCAAGUCAGGGUAUAGAAGUAUUGAACUAAAGCCAGCUGCUGCAGUUAGUGUCCAGCUCCUGUGUAAUGGAGGAGAAGUCCAGGUCACAGGGCCUAUCCAGAUCACUCUGCCUCUUCCUGAAAGCAGCCAAUCUAAGCCUUCUGACACAAUCCCAGCCUGGUCCUUCAACAGAAAGACGGGUGCAUGGGUGAAUCGUGGUCUGGGAACAGUGAAGAAGGAGGACAGACAUUUGGUCUGGGUAUACGUCGCUCCCCAUCUUGGCUACUGGAUAGCUGCUCCUUUUCCUUCACCCACAGGUUACAUGGGAGGUGAAAGCACUCUAGACUUCAUUUCAUACCAUUCGUACCUUCUGAUGGCAACACUAGGUGGAACAUUAGUGAUUGCUAUUGGACUGUGUGGUGUGGUGUCUUGCUACUGUAGGGACUCUCUAUGCAAGUUAGAGAGGAAGAGAGUCAGCAGCACAACAAAAGCAGUUCAGAAGAAAGAUCAGACCACCUGCACAAACAACAGUGACCGCCUGGACAUUUCCUUGAAAAAUCCAGAGCGCUCUCCUGAGGAGAGGUCUCACUCAGCUGCAUCUCAAAGUACUUUUCAAAAGGAUCAAUCUGUCAACUGUGAGAUCAAAGGGAACUUCAGUACCUUCAAGAAGAAAAGUGGGCAUCCAGCACUUCAUAUCUAUGAAAAUAUUGGUGGAAUAGUUGCAGAAUCUUCAAAGCCUUCACAGCAGCCUCACCUGUGUAUCACCAGCAGUGAGUUAGUGAUGCCUGUAUCUUUGAAUGAAAACAUGUUUCUUCCGGAGAGCUUAGUCCUCUUCAACCAGCCAGUGGCUAUACUACAGGUACCAGAGGGCUUCAGGUCAUCAGGGAAAGCAUCAGGCAGCAGGUCCGCCACACUACCCAGGAAGGUUGUCCAGUAUGAGAAUCUGGAAAAGCCAGUUAGCAAAGACACUUUUGCACAAACUUUACCAAAACCAAGUCAGCUUUCAGACGUCCAGCAACAGCUCAAAGAAGAAGCGGUAACCAUGAAGAUCCCAUAUGGGGACCCUGGAUUGUCUAGCAGUCCAGGAGGCUGGAGUUGCUUUAAUGGCCUGCUGGAGUCCGUGUCUGUUCCAGGAACCCUCAACGAAGCUGUGGGGAUGGACACCCUCUGCGAACAUCAUCAGGGAAUCUCAGAACAGACUCUGCUAAAAUUGUCCAAAAGCAAGCCCUUCCCUCACCCCAGGGCCUGGUUCGUCUCCUUGGAGGGCAAACCUGCUGCUCAGGUACGUCACUCUGUCCUAGACCUUCGAAGAAGUCACCUCCUCACUGACAGCAAUGACACCAGUCUGGACUCCGGGGUAGACCUGAAUGAGCAGCAGUCAGGUCAGAAGUAUGUGAGGAGCACGGCCCAGAGUCGACCUCUCUGCUCAGAAGAUGUUGAUCUAAGCAGCAGCGAGAGUGGAACAACCACAGCUUGCAGCCCAGAGGAGCCUGCCCUCAAAAACACCCUCCACAGCAGCAGCGGGACCAUCUCCAACCUUCCAGAGGACAGACAGCGUGCAGACACGUCCAACACACGUGAGGGCAGUGAGUGUGCAUCCAGCUCACGAGGACACAGAACUGGAAAGGCAAAGGAGAAGGGACGAGUGGACAAACUGAAAAACACUUGGCACCUAAGGGAGGAGAGGCCACUUUUGAAGCUCAACUAGAGACACGCUCAGAGGCUCAAGGUUGUUUAAGUUGAAACAUACUCCGUUAUCAUUGAUCAGCUGAUUUUUCAACUUGGACAGUUCUGGUUGUUCGAUUAUGCCGAAUAGUGAAGCAUAAAUUGAAGUGUCAAUCCAAUACUCAGUCCAAUAUCCAGUAAUCCAGUAUCCCUACCAAAUUUUACUUUUAUUCAUUUUCUUCUGUUAUUGUUCUUGUGUUGAAGGGAUAAAGGGGGGCUUUGAAAAUCCUCUUAUCCUAGUGUUUUUCUUAAAAUACAGGAAUGUGAUCUUAAUAACUCUUUUUUUUUUCUGUAAGCAGGUACCUGAAUCACAUUUACCAAAAAUAAAUAAGUAUGUUGCACACAGACCUGGUCCACUUAAUCACACUUAAUGUUUUAACAGCCUAAACUAUAAAUAAGUAGUUUCUUCAAAGCAAUUUGAGUUAACAGUUUAAUUUUCCUCUGUAGAACAGAAAUCUUGGUUUUGAAGUAUUUCCUGUGAACUAACAUAAAAACUUUUACCUCCUAAGAUUUACACACAUCAACAAAACCUAAAAGAGAUUAGAUUUGAUUUUUACUUUAUUUACUUUAUUGAUCCCAGAGGGAAACUGUUGUGUUGCAGAAGUAUACACAAAUUUCAUCAAGUAAAAAGGAUAUACAGAAAUAAAUUAUAUAAUACACUGAGUUACAAAGUCUAAUACAGUUAAAUUUGAAAAAAAAAACAACAAAAGAAAGUAUUUUAAAAAAUGAGUGUUUGUCUUUAUACCAAUGUCUAUACAAAGUUGUACAAUUUGUACAAUAUAGAUAGGCAAUAUAGUUAGAAAUGAUAGGAGUCCUGCUGUACUCAGGGGCAGGUUUGCAUCAUUCCCUGAUUGUAUACUGCAUGUAUCAUCCUCACCAUGAUUAUUUUUCCUACUUUAUGUUCUGUUACAUUGCAUUGUUGUUGUCAAACACCAAAUUAACAUUUUCAUGACUAAAUAAAAUGUCCUUUGUGACAA